AUGUUCGCGCCAGUUGCUGUUGUCGCGAACCUCGCCAGCGAGGUCCUCAUGAUCUUCGCGUCCCCUGCUCAGCGUCCGCUUGGCUUUGUGGCCAGCCACCGCCGUUUUUAUGACGUCCAGGCGCACCGUGGCGGACGUGGAAACACGGUAGAGAACACCUUGCCGAGCUUUGCAUGGGGCCUUAUCGACGGUGCAACUACCCUCGAGCUCGACAACGGUGUCACGAAGGACGGACACGUCGUCGUCUGGCAUGACGAGGAGAUCGUCUCCGCGAAGUGCAUGGACACCCAUCCCGUGCAUCCCGACGAUCCCGAGUUCCCUUACGUCGGGAAGUACAUUGCAAACCUUACGCUCGCUCAAUUGCGGACGCUUGACUGCGGCUCCAAACGGCAACACGGCUACCCGAUGCAGCUCACUUACCCCGGCACGCGCAUCUCCACCCUGCAGGAGACGUUCGACUUCGUCGAGUGCGCAGACCCACAGCAUGCCGUGCUCUGGAACAUCGAAUCCAAAAUCGACGCCCGGCACCCGAACCGCACGCUCGGUGUUACGGACUUCGUCGAGAAGCAGCACGCGGUGUUCGCCCGCAGCCCGUACAAGAACUCUAUCACCUACCAAAGCUUCGACUGGCGGACAUUGAUCGCCAUGAAGCAACUCGAUAGCUCGAUAACCACGUCUGCACUCAUCGACGACGAGACCGCGUCGAACCCGGACAAUAGCACUACGCCCUGGCUCGGGGGGCUGCGGCUCGACGCGUUCCCAGGGCACUCUCUGUCUGAGCGGGUCGCGCAGGCGGCGCACCACAUCGGCGCAGACGUGCUCUCGCCGUCCGCAGAGUCAUUCGAGACGCCUGUGCCAGACCCCGCAAUGGAGGGUUACGUCGCGUUUACGACGCCGGAGAUGAUCGAGGAGGCGCACAGGCUCGGGAUGCUCGUCAAGCCGUGGACGUUAAAUCGGAUGAACAUUGUGGAGCAACUCUUGGACUGGAAGGCGGACGGGAUCAUCACUGACUACCCCAACGUAGUGAGGCGACUGGUGCAGCAGAGCGGUCUGCCGACGGCUCCGAAGUUCCCCAAGCAGCGUGUGCUUGCGUGUCUGCAUGAACACCUGGGCAAACAGCUCCCUUGA